UCUUCCCUCUCCAUUCAUCACCACCACCACCACCACACAGGAACCAUCAUCAACCAAGCCAGCAGCUUUCUUCCUACCAACAGCAGAGGAUCCAUUCACUUACAGACAUGGGGAUGCCCGUGCGCAGGCGCGACAGGGACGCGGAGGCGGACCUGAACCUACCGCCAGGCUUCCGGUUCCACCCGACGGACGACGAGCUGGUGGAGCACUACCUGUGCCGCAAGGCGGCCGGCCAGCGCCUGCCCGUGCCCAUCAUCGCCGACGUCGACCUCUACCGCUUCGACCCCUGGGCGCUGCCCGACCGCGCGCUCUUCGGCACCCGCGAGUGGUACUUCUUCACGCCCCGCGACCGCAAGUACCCCAACGGCUCGCGCCCCAACCGCGCCGCGGGCAACGGGUACUGGAAGGCCACCGGGGCUGACAAGCCCGUCGCGCCACGCGGGGGCAGGACCAUGGGGAUCAAGAAGGCCCUCGUGUUCUACGCGGGUAAGGCGCCGAAAGGGGUUAAGACCGACUGGAUCAUGCAUGAGUACCGCCUCGCUGAUGCUGGGCGGGCCAGCGCCGCCGGCGCAAAGAAGGGAUCGCUCAGGCUGGACGACUGGGUGCUGUGCCGGCUAUACAACAAGAAGAACGAGUGGGAGAAGAUGCAGCAGCAGCAGGUGGAGCCCAAGGCGGAGGAGGCCUCGGCGUCCGACAACAUGGUCACCUCGCACUCGCAGUCGCACUCGCACUCCUGGGGCGAGGCGCGCACGCCGGAGUCGGAGAUCGUCGACAACGACCCCAUGAUGCUCCACCACGCGGCCGCGGCGGGCGCGCAGGGGUUCCAGAGCCCCGUGGCGGCGGCCGCGCACCACGAGAUGAUGGCCACGCUCAUGGUGCCCAAGAAGGAGGCGGCGGACGACGCCGGGAACGGCAGGAACGACCUGUUUGUUGACCUCAGCUACGACGACAUCCAGAGCAUGUACAGCGGCCUCGACGUCAUGCCGCCCGGGGACGACCUGCUCUACUCCUCGCUCUUCGCCUCGCCCAGGCUCCGCGGGAACCAGCCCGGCGCCACCGGUGGCAUGCCGGCUCCAUUCUAAGCUGAACAAGGAUGGAUCAGACCGAGACCGAGAUCGAGAGAAGUGGAAUGGCUUCCUGGCCGCGAGCUCGCGGACGGACGGAUCAUCAGUGUAAAUACAGGAUAGGAAACGGGAGAGAGGCCGUCGUCGUGUCGGAGAGAGCCGUGGCCGUGGUGCGGCGCCGGCGCCGGGGCGUGUUGCUGUACAUCAGAGCCCGGUGCUGGGAUCAGGCCCGCUGGGUCAUUCUUUCGUUUUACCUUGUACUAGUCACAAACACAUAUGUAGCUCUUUCUUCUCUUCACUGGAACCCGACCAAAUUUUGUUCUUGUUCA